AUGAUAAACAUACAAGAAUAAGAAUAUUCAAGAGACCUUUAAUUCAAUAAUGAUAAUGAGCCUUUCCGUCCAUUUCGUCAUUCACCUAUAACUAAUUAAUUAGAUUUAGAUUAACAUGAAAAAUCUGAAAUUCUUGAUAUAUCUAUUUCUUUUAAAGAUUUCUCUCAAAAAUAGGUGAAGGAAGAAAGAAAAAAUCAAAACAAGAAGGCAUCUCAGAAAUUAUUUGGUUUAUUAAAGGUGGAUAAAUUGGUUCAAGUAUUUAAAGAAAAAAUAAUGAAAAAAGCUUAUAUAUACAACAACUAGAGCAGAAAGGUUACUGAAAAAUUUCUAAUUGAAAAAUAUUUAAUAAAGUAACAUUUUACAUACAAAUAUAGAAAGCCUACUAUGCUAGGUGAAUAUCUGCAUACAAAAAAAUGUUAAAUUCCUGUAUUUGAUUAAAGUAGUAUGUUGAUUACAUUUUGGGAAUUUAUUAGAACUUUAUCACUUAUAUCUAUUUUAUGGAUAUAUCCUUUUGUUUGGACAUUUUAAAUGGGGGGAGAGGAUAGCUUCCGAUUAAUUAUUCUAUAUACUCUAAUUUAUUUUUCAUUUGACAUUCUACUCAGAUUAAAUACAUAAAUAGCAAUUUAAGGAAAUGUAAUUAAUUUUACUUAAAUAAAUAGAUAAUAAAUGAUCGAUUUUCUAUUUUGAAGUAAUAUUUUAAGGAUGAUUUACUACUAGAUUUUUUACUUAUAUUCUCAGUCAUUAUACUAAGUACUUCUAUUCCUGAUAGCAAAGAUUAUGAUGAUAUUAUUACAGCAACAAUCUUUUUAUGUUUAUGUUGUCUUGUAAGUUAUACAAAAUUAAGUGAAUAAAUAGGUAAGUUGUAAUAAUAAACUCAUAUCAAUUAAAUUAAUAGAGAAUAUGUAAAUUUAAUAACAUUACUAUUUUCUAUAAGUUUAUUUGCUCAUUUAUUAGCAUGUAUAUGGCAUUUUGUGGGAUCACAUAGUGCAUAAUCUUUAAAUACUAGUUGGCUUAUCGAAAAGGGUAUUGAUUAAGAAUCAAUUUUAAUAAAAUAUUGUUAUUCAUAUUAUUGGGCAACAGUUACUAUGAUUACCGUAGGAUAUGGAGAUAUUACACCAUAAAAUUAUAUUGAAACAAUAAUUUGUAUAAUAUUGAUGUUUAUGGCUUGUGGUGUAUUUGCAUUUUCAAUAAAUAAAAUUGGAUCAAUUUUAUCUACUAUAAAUGAUCAAAAAUCAUAAUUUAUAUUCAAUUUACAUGCUAUUUCAAAAUAUAUGAAAUAACAUAAUAUUCCAUUAUAAUUAUAAGAUAGAGUUAGAAGUUAUCUUUAAUAUAUGUAAAAUGAAUCUUUAAAUUAGAAUAAUGAAUUAGUAUUUAAUAUAUAUAUAAUUAAUAGAUUUCAUAGAUUAAAAAUUAAUUAUCUGUAGAAUUAAAAAAUGAAUUAAUGUAUAUGGUAUUUAAACAUAUAAUUUAAAAUUGUAAAUUUCUACUUAAUAAUUUUUCAGAAUAAACUUUAAAAGAAAUUGCAAAGAAAAUUAAACCAUAUAAAUAUUGUCCAGAUGAAACUAUUUAUUCUUAAGAUAGUUUUUAAGAUAUAUCAUUAUAUUUCAUUGAUUAUGGUUAAAUUAAAUUAGUCGAUAUGAAAUCAUAAACAUAAUUAACUAUUUUAAAUCCUGGAUAAUAAUUUGGAGAAAUUGAAUUUUUUACAUAGUAAUCUAGAAAAUUCACAGCUAUUAGUGUUGGAUUUACUAAAAUAUAUAAGAUUAAUAGAUUAGAUUUUAUAAAUAGUCUAGAUAAAUAGGAUUCUGAAAAGUUUCAUUAAAUUAAGGAUAGAUAAUUUUAAAAUAUAUCAGUAGAAGGAAUUACUUGCUGUGCAUGCAAUUCUGGAAAUCAUUAAAUUUUUGAUUGUUCUUAUUUAUUUUAUAAGCCUGAUAUUGAAAAGUUAAUCUUAAAAUAUAAUAGAUCUAAAAAUAUACAUAGAAAGAGGAUCAUUAGAGCAUAACAUAAAACUAAUUCACUUAAAGAUAUAAAAGUAUAAUAUAUAUUCCACAUUUAAGGGUGUCUAAAAUUAAUAGAAACUCUAUUAUAUAAAUCAUUUUCUAGAAGAAAAAGUUGGUACAUAUGUAUCUCUCGAUUAAGAUGGAACCAACAGACAAUCUAUGACUCAAGAGCAUAUUUAAGGCUUAGACCCACCUUCAUAAGAAAAUUACAUAAAUUUGAAUCAAUAACAAGAUAGUUUAAUCAUACCAUCUUAAGUUAGAAUAUAACAAUAGAAAUAAUAUGAUAAUACUAAACCAGUUUAAUAAACUUUAUAAACAUUUUAAAUAUAAACAUCGAUAAAGGAUACAUAACUAAGAUCAAAUAUAUUUGUUAGAGAAAAGUCAUAAAAAUCUUAAACUCAUUUUCAAUAAAAUAAUGGUACUUAGAAUAGUUUAAACAAUAAUUCAUUAUUUUUUGAUAAAAUUUAUGAAUUUUAGUAUUACUUCCCAAAUUUUAAUAGUACCGAAGUAAUAUUAGAUUACAAUAAAUUAAAAAAAAAUAUUAAAAAAAUUAGUAGAAAAUAAAGAUGCAAUGAACUUUAGGAUUCUCUCAUUUAAAAAUCUGCAUAAAAGAAGAUUUAAUGA